AUGUUAUAUCACGUCGUCCUCCACGUCUAUUUUCUCUCGCGUCGUCUUCCGCCUCUAUUUUACAUCGCUGCGUCGUCCCAACCUCUACUUUACAUCGCUGCGUUGUCCUCCGCCUCUAUUUUACAUCGCUGCGUCGUCCCCGCCUCUACUUUACAUCGCCGUGUCGCCCCCCGCCUCUAUUUUACAUCGCCGUCGUCCUCCGCCUCUUUUUCGCUGCAUCGCCUACUUUGUCGUCGUCCCCCGUCUAUUUUACAUCGCCCGUCGUCCUGCGUGUCUAAUUUCCUGUGCGUUGUCCUUAUCUUUUUUUUUCCCCAGGUCGUCUCCGCCUCUAUUUUAUCUCGCCAAAUUUUACAUCGCUGCGUCGUCAUAACCGUCCAUCGCUUUGUCGUCCCCUGCUCCUUAUUUUACAUCGCCGCGUCGUCCCUCCGCGUCCACUUCCCGUGCGUUGUCCUUGCUCUUUUUUUUUCCCCAGGUCGUCCUCCGCCUCUAUUUUCCGCCUCAUUUUAUCUCGCCGUGACGUCCUCCGCGGCUAAUCUCCGCGCGUUGUCCUCCGCCUCUAUUUUUACAUCGCCGACACGUCGUCCUCCGCCUCUAUUUUAUCUCGCCGUGACGUCCUCCGCGGCUAAUCUCCCGCGCGUUGUCCUCCGCCUCUAUUUUAUAUCGCCGACACGUACUCCGCCUCUAUUUUCUAUCGCCGAGUCGUCCUCCGCGUCUAAUUUCCCGUGCGUCGUCCGCCGCGUCGUCCGUCUAUUUUAUCGCCUAUUUUACAUCGCUGCGUCGACGUCCGUUGUCUCUUUUUUUUCUCCCCAUUUAUUUUAUCUCGCCGUGACGUCCUCCGCGGCUAAUACCUCCCUGACGCGUUGUCCUCCGCCUCUAUUUUAUAUCGCCGACACGUACUCCGCCUCUAUUUUCUAUCGCCGAGUCGUCCUCCGCGUCUAA